AUGGUUGAUAUUUCAAGUGUAAUUGGGAGGGAGAAAGAUAAGGAAGCAAUUAUCCAGCUUUUAAAGCCACUUCAUCCUCACACUGAUGGUGAUAAAAGCCUAUGUGUUAUUCCCAUUGUUGGCAUUGGAGGCUUGGGAAAGACUGCCCUUGCGAAAUUCUUGUUCAAUGAUCAGAGGAUCGAUCAACUUUUCCAACUAAAGAUGUGGGUGUGUGUCACUGAUGAUUUUGACCUCAGGAAGAUUGUUAUUAAAAUCAGCAACUCAACUUCCGCUGCUUCUACAGCUUCUACUUUCGAUUCCACUUCAAGUGUUGCUCACCAGGAGAAUAUAGACCAUUUGAUAUUGAGCAGCUACAAAAUCAUCUGA